CCAGUGUAGCAAUCAUCGAAACUGCUAGAUGUGAAAUAAAAUCGUGUGUGCGCGCAAAGUGUUUGAAAAAACGAAAAUUCAGUGGUAUUGCAACGAAUUACCGAUUGUUUUUUAUGGAUAAUGUCGCAUGGGAUGCCGUAUGUUGGUCCUGUGCAUUAUGAGCCAAAACCGGAUGCAUUGUAUCAGAAAAGGUCGAACAUGAGUCAGCGAGAUGAAGUCCAAAAAUUCGAGCAGGGCCGCAUCAGGGUACUGCAGGAGGAGCGGCUCCACAUCCAGAAGAAAACCUUCACCAAAUGGAUGAACUCGUUCCUGCAAAAGGUCCGCAUGGAGGUGGAGGACCUGUUCGUGGACCUAGCCGACGGCAAGAAGCUGCUCAAGCUGCUCGAGAUAAUAUCCAACGAGAAGUUGGCCAAGCCGAACAACGGCAGGAUGCGCGUACACCGCAUCGAGAACGUCAACAAAAGUUUGGCCUUUUUGCAUACCAAAGUUCGAUUGGAGAGCAUCGGGGCCGAGGAUAUCGUUGAUGGGAACCCGAGGCUGAUUUUGGGUCUGCUGUGGACGAUUAUAUUGAGGUUUCAAAUUCAAGAAAUCGAGGUGCCAGAAGAUGAAGACAACGAGAGCUCGGAAAAGAAAUCUGCCAAGGACGCUCUGCUUCUUUGGGCGCAGAGGAAGACGCACGGCUAUCCAGACGUCCACAUCACAGAUUUCUCCUCUUCCUGGCGCAACGGGCUCGGCUUCAACGCGCUUAUACACUCCCACCGGCCCGAUCUGUUCGAAUUCAACUCGCUGAGGAACAACAAGAACAUCGACAACCUGAACCACGCCUUCGACGUGGCCAACAACGAGCUGGGCAUCCCCAGCCUGCUCGACGCCGAGGACAUCGACACCUCCAGGCCGGACGAGAAGAGCAUCAUGACGUACGUGGCCUCCUACUACCACACGUUCGCGCGGAUGAAGAACGAGGAGAAGUCGGGCAGGCGCAUAGCCAAGAUCAUCAGCCAAAUGGUCGACGCAGACAAAAUGAAAGUGACCUACGACCGGCUGAUCACCGACCUGCUCGACUGGAUCAACGCCAAGGUGUCCGAGCUGGAGGACAGACGCUUCCCCAACUCCCUAGAGGGCAUCCAGAGCCUGUUCACCGCCUUCGGGCACUAUCGCACGCAGGAGAAGCCACCCAAGUACAAGGAACGCAGCGAGAUCGAGGCGCUCUUCUUCAACAUCAACACGCAGCUGAAGGAGCUGCGACAGCCCGUGUUCACGCCUGCGGACGGCAAGCUGGUGCAGGACAUUGAAAGGUGUUGGGAGAAACUGGAGAAGGCAGAACACAGAAGGGAGGUGGCUCUCAGGGACGAAUUGCUCAGACAGCAAAGGCUCGAGCAGUUGAUGUACAAGUUCGAGCGCAAGAGUAUCCUCAGGGAAGGAUACUUGAAGGAAAUGAUACAGGUCCUCUCCGACCCUCGAUACGGCUCUAACCUCGCCCAGGUCGACGCGACCGUCAAAAAGCACGAGGCGAUCAGCGCCGACAUUUUAGCCAGAGAAGAGCGCAUCCACGAUCUGUCGCAGAUGGCGGGCGAACUGCUCGACGAAAAGUACCGUGACUCUGAGCGCGUGCGCGUCAGAGAGGCGGAGAUCGCGCAACAGUGGCGCGACAUCAAGGCUUUGCUAGAGAGGCACAAGGGUAAUCUGGGACGGAUGGGUGGGGUGAUGGCGGUGCUGCGGGAGAUCGAUACGACGAUGGACAGCAUCGAGCAGCUGAGGUUGGACCUGUCGUCUUCUGACACCGGCAUCCACCUGCUGGCUGUGGAGGAGCUGCUGCACAAGCACGCGCUGCAAGAGCUGCAAGUGACUGCGCUGGGCGAGACCGAGCGCCGGUUGAAGCGAGUGGGGGAACAGCUGGCCGCGCAGAAUCCCAAGGAGAAGGAGAUCCUGACGAAGAACUUGGACGAGUUGGCCGCUUCCUACGACCAGCUGAAAGAGGCGAGCGCGAGAAGAAAGGCCGCCUUGGAGGAAGCGCGCAACUUCUACCAGUUCCUGCAAGACCAGGAGGACGAGGAGGCGUGGCUGAUCGAGAAGCAGCGCAUCUGUCGCGCUGGUAUUGCCGCAAAGGACCUGCGCGGCGUGCUGUCGCUGCAGCACAAGCACAAGCUGUUGGUCGACGAGAUCGGGAACAGGAGGAACGCGUUCGACCAGCUGGGGGCGACAAGCAGGCAGCUUAUCGCCGAGAACCAUCCGAGGUCGGCGGAGAUCCAGCAGCACGUGGACAGGAACAAGCGCAACUGGGAGAUCCUGGAAAAGUUGGCCACCGAGCGGACGAAGCAGCUGCAGGACGCCGCCGAGGCGUACCAGUUCUACGCCGACGCUAACGAGGCCGACUCGUGGCUGAACGAGAAGACGUCGCUGGCCACGUCGAAGGAUUUCGGCACGGACGAGCCGAGCGCGCAGGCGCUGCUGCAAAGACACAAGGAUCUGGAGGGGGAGAUAAACGCUUACCAGGGCGACAUACAGAGCUUGAACGGCCAGGCAGACAGACUGAUAGGAUCGGGAAUAUCGCAUCUGGAUUUGAACACCGAACCAGAGGUAGCUGAGCCCGUGGAGGAAACUCAGUACGAAUUCAGGAUGCUACCAACGGAAGUAUGGGUCGAAGAACCCUUCGAAAAAACCGAAUACAAGAUAGUAGCCGAAGAGAAGAAGGUCCCGCAAGUGCGCGCCCUCUACUCCUUCUCCGACCACGGCCUCGCCAUGGUCAAGGGCGAGGUGAUGUUCCUGCUGAACAAGAGCAACCCGGAUUGGUGGUGCGUUCGCAAGGCGGACGGCACGGACGGCUUCGCGCCUGCGAACUACGUGGUGGAGAUCGAGCCGAGAAUCAUCCAGAUCAACCUGCGCAAGCCGGAAGUGGUACGCGGGGUGCAGCGGGUCAAGAAGACGAAGAUGGUGAAGACGAAGGUGCCUGUCAAGGUUGUCAGACAGUCGGCCAGACCGACCAAAAGGAAGAUCGACGACAGCGACAGCGUGCCGAAAAGGCAGAAGAAGAUCAACGACACGUACGACCGGCUCAAGGAUUUGGCGGAGCAGAGGCACGCCCUAUUGGUUGACGCCAUCAAGCUGUUCACGUUCUACAAGGAGUGCGACGAUUUCGAGCGUUGGAUCAAGGACAAGGAGAAGAUGCUGUCGGUGGACGAUCCGCAGGAUAGCGUCGAGCAGGCCAAGAGGGUGUACGAGAAAUUCGUCACCGACCUGUCGGCGAGCACAAAACGCAUGGACGAGCUGGACGCUGACGUGAAGGAGUUCGAGCGCCUGCGCCAUUCGCAGAUCGACAAGGUGAAGGCGCGCCACCGGCAGGUUCAAGGGGCGUGGCAGCGCCUGAACAGGCUCAAGGCGCAGAAGGAGCGCAGCCUGGCUGGCGCUAGCAGCGUCGAGCUGUUCAACAAGGUGUGCGAGGAGGCGAAAGAUUGGAUGCUGGAGAAAAUGAUGCAGCUCGAUUCGGCGGUGUUGGGACACGAUUUGAAGACCGUCCAAGCUUUGCAGAGGAGACACGAUAAUCUGGAACGAGAGCUGUCUCCGGUCGAAGAAAAAGUCAACAAAGUCAGUUUAUUAGGCAACUCAGUGCAAGAAUCUUACCCCACCGAACGAUCCAACGUGACCGAAAAACAGUUGGAAAUCGACGCUUUGUGGCAGCAAGUGAAAGGCAAGGCGCAGGAGAGACGCGCCCGUCUGGAGGACGCCGUCGGUCAACAGAUAUUCACCAGCAGCGCCAAACGGCUGCUGGGGUGGGUGGCCGACGUCAAGAAACAGCUGAACGCCGACGACGUCGUGAGGGACGUCGAGACGGCCGAGGGGUUAGUGAAGGGCCAGAGGGAUCUGGUUGGCGAGAUCAGGGCCAAGGAUGACGAAUUCAAACAAAUCGUUAGCCUAGGAAACAAACUGUUGAAAUCGAAUCCCGAGCUGCACCACGUGAAAGACGACGUUGACAGACUGAUAGCGGAACAGGCAGCCAUAGCUAGAGGAUCCAAAGAAAAGGAAUUGUGGCUGCAACAGUGUCUGCAGCUGCAGCUAUUCAACAAGGAAGCCGACAACAUCGAUGCCGUGACGUCGGCACAUCAAGCCUUCUUAGAGUUCAACGAUCUUGGAAACUCUCUCGACGAGGUAGAAGCUUUGCAUAAACAACAGAGGGCUUUCGCUAACACCUUAGCCGCACAAGACGAUCGUUUGACUGCUUUCAGCAAAAAGGCUGACAAGCUUAUUGCAGACCAGCAUUACGACAGCCAAGGAAUUGACGAUAGACGCGAGCAAGUGCUCCAGAGAAGACAAGCAGUCAAAGAAGCCUGUCAGCAUAGAUCGAACGCUCUGGACGCUUCCAAAAACUUCCAAGAAUUCAGAGCAGAGGUGCACGACUUGCGUUCGUGGAUGGCGGAGAAACUGAAGACCGCCUCCGACGAGAGUUACCGUGACCUCACGAACCUCGAACGGAAGCUGCAGAAACACGAGGCGUUCGAGCGCGAGCUGCGGGCCAACGAGGGCCAGCUGCGGACUAUCAACAAGCUGGGCAUGGCGCUCAUCGCGCAAGAUAGCUUCCAGAAGGACGAGGUCGCCAAGACCCUGCAGGAGUUGAACAGCGAGUGGCAGAACCUCGUGGGGAUUUCGUUGGAGAAGGGCAGGAGGCUGAGGCAGGCAGAUGCGCAACACGGCUACAAUGGCGCCAUCGAGGACGUCGAUAAUAAACUGGACGAGAUCAACGAUAGUUUGUUGAGUAAAAAUGUCGGCACCGAUUUAAGAUCCUGUCGCGACCUGAUCAAGCAACACGACGCCGUCGAGCACGAGCUGUCGCAGUGCGCCGGCCGCGUCGACGAGUUGGCCGAGCGGGGGCGCCACCUGGCCGACGACGGCCACUUCGACGCCGAGCGUAUCGGCGCGCGCGCGACGGAGAGUCGGCGCCGAUUGGAGGCGCUGGCGGAGCCGGCGCGGGCGAGACGGGCGGCGCUGGAGGAGGCGCUCGAUUUCUACGAGUUCGGCUUCGGGUUGGACGCCGAGAUGCAGUGGAUCAAGGAGCACUUGGCGCUGGCGUCGAAGGAAGAGCUCGGACAACACCUCCAUCAGACGCAGAUGCUGCACAAGAAACACAAGAAAUUGGAGGCGGAGAUAUCGGGACACCAGCCCGUCAUCGACAAGACUCUGGAAAGCGGACAGGCUCUGAUCGAUAUCGAUCAUCCCGAAAAAGAAAAGAUCAAACAACUCUGUGACACCCUUCGAGGUGCUUGGGAGGAAUUGAACAUCAAAGCCGACGAGAGGGCUCAGAAACUCGACCUGGCUCUCAAAGCCCAGCAGUAUUUCUUCGAGGUGAACGAAGUGGAAUCCUGGCUGAACGAGAAAGCCAACAUCCUGUCCAGCUCUGACUGUGGUCGAGACAGAGAUGCUGCUACCAAAUUAUUAACCAAACAUAAAGCAUUGGAGCUGGAACUCGACACUUACAACAACAUAAUAUCUGAGAUGGGACAUGGGGCGCAGGCGAUGAUCAAAUCCGGUCACCCCGAUUCUAAAGCGAUCAGCGAGCGACAGUCCAGUCUAGAGCACCUGGUGAGAUCGCUCCAACGGAAAGCUGCUGUCAGACAACACCGGCUGAUGGAAUCGCUAUUUCGUCACGAAUACUUUGCCGAAUCGGAGGAACUCGAGACUUGGAUAGCGGAAAAUCUGCAACAGGCCUCUUCCGAAGAUUACGGACAGGACUAUGAACAUCUCAUACAACUUAAAGCUAAGUUUGACGAUUUCAAACACAGAAUCGAGGCUGGGUCGGAGAGGUACAAGCAGUGCGAAGAUUUGGCCAAGAAAUUGGUCGCCAACGAAAGUCCGUAUUCUUCUGAUAUACAAAACAGAAUGUCGAAACUAGAACCUGACGAUCCUUCUGAAGCAUGUCAAGAAGUACAGGAGAAGCACGACCAAAUGAGGCACGCCUGGGAAACCCUGCACGACCAAGUGGAGACUCGAGAGCAGCGUUUGAACGCUGCCGGGGAGAUCCACCGCUUCCAUCGAGACAUCGCCGACGCGUUGCAGCGCGUCCAAGAGAAGAACGCCGCAUUGGGCGCCGAUCUGGGCAGAGAUCUGAACUCGGCGCUGACGUUGUCGCGGAAGCACGAGGCGUUCGAGAACGAGCUGGUGGUGCUAGAGGCGCAGCUGCAGGUGCUGGUGGAGGACGCCUCGAAGCUGCAGAAGGUGUAUCCGAGCAAUAAGGCGAAUAUUCAGCACCAACAGGAAUUGGUAGUCGAGGCGUGGAACGGCCUUAAGGAACGAGCAGACCUGAGGCGAGAUCAACUUCAAGCCAGCGUCGAUCUGCAGAAAUUCCUCACACAGGUGAGAGACUUGAUGAACUGGGCGACCAGUCUGCGGUUGGCCAUGAGCGCUGAGGAGAACGUGCGCAGCGCCGCCAGAGCGCAGGUGCUGAAGAGCGAGCACGAGGCCCUCAAGGGGGAGAUCGAAGCGAGGGAGGCCACUUUCCUCGAUGUCGCUGAUAAUUUGGCUGCCAUGGAACAGACAGGUCAUUACGCAGCCGCUGAGGGGAUCGACCGAUACCAGACCCUGAUGCAAGAACGCGAGCGCCUACACGCCGCCUGGCAAACGAAAAAAAUCCACUUGGACCAGCUCUGCGACCUGCACGUCUUCCUGAGAGAGGCGAAGCUCAUCGAGGACGCUACCAAUGGUCAGGAGGCCGCUUUGGCCAACUGCGAGGUCGGCGAGACUGUCGACGAGGUGGCCGGGCAGCUGAAGCGGCACGAGGCGUUCGAGAAGGUGAUGCACUUGCAGGACAGGAACUUGGAGGCGCUGCAGCAGUCGGGAGCCAAGUUGUUGGCGCAGGAUCACUUCGAUAGCGAGCAGAUUUCCAGUAAGCUAUCCGAAAUUCAAGCAAAGCGCAAACGGGUGCACCAACUGAGCGCCCAAAAGACCCAGCUGCUCACCAACGGGCUGCUCUAUGCGGAAUUCAACAGGGACAUCGACGAGACGCAAGCGUGGAUGACGGAGAAGCAGAAGAAAUUGAACGCGGAGCAAAAGAAUGCCGAGAUAACGACUUUCGAGGAAAAGGUGAAGAUGCUGCAGAAGCACCAAGCCUUCCAGGCCGAGUUGGCAGCCAACGCUGGCCGCAUCGACGAGAUCCGAGGCGGCGGCGAGACGUUGAUCAGGAAGAACCACAAGGCCAGCCAAGAUAUCGCCGAUCGGCUGUUCGAGUUCGACAGAGCGUGGCGGAGGCUGCUCGAAGAAAGCAAUCUCAGAGGUAAGGGCCUGGAAGAAGCUCAAGACCUGCUCGAGUUCAACAACCAGCUGGAGCUGAUCGACGCGUGGAUCAGAGACAAGGAGGCGAUGGUGCAAGCAGGCGACACCGGCAGAGACUACGAGCACUGCCAGCUGUUGCAGCGCAAGCUCGACGACGUCGACAGCGACAUGAAGAUCGACGACACGCGGAUCAGGAACAUUGACGCGCUGGCCAACAAGCUGGCUAAACAGGGCCACCAGGGCGUGCAAGAGCGCGGCUCCACCCUCAUCGCCAAGUGGCGCUCAUUACAAGGUGCUCUAGACGGCUACCGCGCCGAAUUAGCCGCCGCCGCCGACUUGCAUCUCUUCGACCGCGACGUCGCCGACACGAUGGAGCGCAUGCACGAGAAGGCGGCCGCCAUGGAGUCGCAGGACGUCGGCAGGGACCUGCAGGGCGUCGAGGCGCUCAAGAGAAGGCAGGAGGCGGUAGAGAACGAGAUAUCGGCGAUCGCGAGUAAGAUCGAGAAGGUCCACCAACGGGACGCCCUGCUGCUCAGCGAGAGCUACCCGCAGAGCAGCCCGCAUCUGGAACAGGCGCUCGUCACCUUGCAGGACCAGCUGGAGAAGCUGACGGCUGUGACGGACAAGCGGCGGGCGCUGCUGCAGGAGGCGUACGGCCAGGAGAAGUUCGCCGCCGCCGUCAAGGAUCUGGAUUUGUGGGUGCAGGAGACGGUCAAACGGAUGGAGUCGCAAGGCAAACCGAACAGCAUCGCCGAAGCUGAGGCGAUGCUCGAGUUGCACAACGAGCUGCGCGCCGAAAUCAACGGCCGAGACGAGACGUUCAAGAACCUCAUCACCGAGGGCGGCCAAAUGGAAAGUAACGUCGGGCGGCCCGAAGGAUCGAAGGGCAGAGUCGACGAUACCGCCCAGAUGGAAAGUAACGUCGGGCGGCUCGAGGGACUGCAAGCGCAGAUCCACGAGGCGUGGGAGAUGCGCAGAGAAGAGCUGGCGCACGAAUACGACGUGCAGGACUUCAAGGAGAUGGUGAAUCAUCUGAACGGGUGGUUGGCAACGAAGGAGGCGUUUUUGAAUAACGACGAUGUUGGGGAUACGCCCAGGGCGGUCGAGGUGCUGUUGCGCAAACAUCACAAUUUCGAGGAUAUGCUCGACAAACAGUUGGCUAGAGUGGACGAACUCGACAACGUUGCCAAAAGGAUAUCAGCCAAGACAAACAAGAACACCGAAGAAGUGUCGAACAAGGUGGCGGCCGUCUUUAAAAGGAAGAACAACCUGCUGAAGAAGGCCGAAGAGCGCCGAGACACGCUGGAGAAGUCGAAGGCGCUGCAGGAGUUCUUGCGGAACGUCAACGACGUGGAGAACUGGCUGAACUUGAAGCUGCAAAUCGCCGCAGACGAAAGCUACAGGGAGCCGAGCAAUUUGCAGAAUAAGAUACAGAAACACGCGACCUUCGAAGCGGAAGUUAUAGCGAGCGGAGAGAGGAUUCAGAACGUGGUGGAAGAAGGCAAGGAACUGAUGGCGGCCGAGCAUUACGCCGCCACGGAGAUCGGCAUCCGAUUGGACGAGCUGGAGAACGAUUGGAAGCACCUGUUGGAGCUGUCCAAUUUGAAGCGCGACAGGCUGAACGAGGCCUACCAAGCGCUGCUCUUCACGCGGUCUCUGGAGGAGUUCGAGGCUUGGUUGACGGACGUCGAAGCGCAGGUUCAGAUCACGGACAUGCGCAAAGACCUGGCGACCGCCAACCACCUCCUCAAGCGCCAUACGAUCCUCGAGAACGACGUCCAACAGCACACCGAGAACUGCGAGGCGAUCAACGAGGCGGCCGAGCAGUUCGUCAAGGGCGGCCAUUUCAUGGCCGACGAGAUCGAGGAGAAGGCGCAGAGGGCGAUCACCAGAUUCCACCAACUGAAAGAGCCUUUGCAAGCGAAACGCGACCACCUGGAGUCCGCGCUGAUGCUGCAGCAGUUCACGCGAAACGUCGACGACGAGCUGCAAUGGCUCGACGACAGAGAACCGCUGGCCGCCUCUCUCGACCUCGGCGCCACCUUGGCGGCGGUGCAGAGCUUCCAGAAGAAGCACCAAGCGUUGGAAGCGGAAUUGGCGUCUAGAGAGCCGAUCGUGAUGUCGCUGGUGGCGAGAGCUGAGCAGCUGGUCAGGUCGGGCCAUCCGUCCGGACCGGCGAUCGGCGAGAAAGCCGACGAGCUGCGGUCGAAGUUGGCCAGCGUGAGGGACUUGGCGAGCGUGAGGCGGUUGCGGUUGCAGAAUUCCUUGGAGGCGCAGACGUUCUACCAAGAAGUGUCGGAAGCAGAGGCGUGGAUCAACGAGAAGCGACCGGCGUUGGCAACGCGUGACGUCGGCAAGGACGAGGACACUGCGCAGUCGCUGCAGCGCAAGCUCGAAGCGCUCUCUAUGGAGGUGAAGACGUUCCAGCCGACCGUGAAGAGACUGGUCGAGAACGCUGAGGGUCUCGUAGCGAGGGGACACGCCGACGCCGAGAAUAUCGGAGUUACGAAGGAAAACCUGGAAAAGCAAUUCGCCGAGCUGAGGAAGCUCGUCACGGAAAGGGAAGUACGACUCUCCGAGGCGCUGCAGUACUUCGGCUUCCUGCACGAGUGCGUCGAAGUGCAGGAAUGGAUGCGCGAGCAGACGAACAAGGCCGAUUCGGAGGAGUACGGCAACGAUUUGGAGCACAUCGAGCUGCUCAUCCAGGCGUUCGACACCUUCCACGCCAGUCUGCUCAACAGCGAGCCCAGGGUGCAGCAGUGCAUCGAGAACGGCAACGUGAUCAUCGACGCGAAGAGCAGCUACAGCUCGGCGGUGCAGCAGAAGGUGACCGAGCUGCAGACGGCUUGGGAGGAUCUGGUGGAAUUGGCGAAUGCUCGCAAGGAGGCGCUGGCCGGCGCCAAACAAGUGCACGUCUUCGAUCAGACGGCCGACGAGAUCAUCCUGUGGAUGCAGGAGAAGGAGGCGGACAUCGCGUACGGGGCGUACAUACAGGACUCGGAGGUGAUCGAGCAGCUAGUGAGGAAACACCAGGCGUUGGAGACGGAGAUGAAGGCCAUCAAGGACAAGGUGGACUACGUCGAACAAGAAGGCGACCGACUGAUCGCCGAAUUCCCCGACACGCGGGAACACAUCGACGACAAGCGCGAAGAUACGGCGAGCGCGCUGGAAGGGCUUCAGACGAAGGCCGAGCGGCAAAAGGACUUCCUCAGGCAGUCCGAGCAGCUGCAGUCCUAUUUCGACGAGUAUCACGAUUUGGUAGCGUGGAUCAGCGAGAUGCUGGCGAAAAUAACGGCGCCCGAUCUGCCGCAAGACUGCACUGAGGCCGAGCUGCUGAUCGAGCGGCACAAAGAGUACAAAACGGAAAUGGACGGCCGGUUGCCGAUCUUCGACCGGUUCUACGACACCGGCCGCGUCUUCAUCAAUCAAGGGCACUAUCUGGCGCAGGAGAUCGAAGAUAAAAUCAGAGUGCUGCAGCAGAAGGUCGAGCUGCUUGACAACACUUGGAACAAGAGAGGCAUCAUUUAUCAACAGAACUUGGACGUGCUUCUAUUCAAACGGGAGGCUGACAUAUUGGAAAAUUGGUUGGCUGCUAGAGAAAGCAACCUCAAGGAUGGAAAGGUGGGCGAGAGCAUUCCGCACGUGGAAGAGUUGAUCAGGAAGCACCGCGACUUCGAGGAGGCGAUCAAGGCGCAAGACGAGAAGUUCGGCUCGCUGCGGCGCACCACCAUGGUGGAGCGCGCGUUCGAGGCGAUGCGGCGACAGGAGGCGCACGCGCAGAAGGCGGAGCGCGAGCGUGUCGAGCAGGAGCGGCUCGAGCAACGGAAGCGCAUCGAGGUGGCGCGCAUCACGGAGCUGCGCAGACAGGAGUCCAGAGAGAGGGGGGAUCACAGAUUCAACAACAUCCGCGAAGAAGACAAACCGAUCGACGGCAGCGGCGACGCCGACCCCCGCGUCGAAACGCCCUCCUCGGCGACGAUGGCCAUGGAGGACGAGUCAGUUGCGCAGAAGCCGCACGUGACCGUGCGCAAAACGAACUCGGUGGCGCACAUGUUCGAGCGGGACAGGAGAAGGGGCUCGGACGCGUCGGUCAAGAGGGCGGAGAGCAUGAAGGUGGGCGGGCCGGCUAAGCCGCCCAAGAGGACGCCCUCGUUCAAUACGAGGCGCAGGGGGUCGAUUCGGUCGAAGAACGCAGACGUGUACUUGCCGCCUGUGGAGGCGGAAACCUUCCUCGAUCGCAAGCAGCUGCUGCUACCAGGCCAGAAGCGGGCGACGAACCGCACGUGGCGCACCUCCUACACCGUCCUGUGCGGCCAGCUGCUGUGCUUCUUCAAGUCGAAAGAUGACUUCGCGGCCAGCAAGGCCGCAUCGCCGCCAAUCAAUGUGCACAACGCGCAUUGUACGAUUGCGGCCGAUUACCAGAAGCGGAAGCACACGUUCAGGCUGGUAAUCACGGAUGGAUCGGAAUUUCUGUUCUCUUCUGGAUCCGAAGUCGAGAUGAACGAUUGGGUCAACAAGAUCAACUUCAGGGCGAGAUUACCACCCGCACAGCAGCUUUUACAUUUCGAAGUAUCCAAGGAUGCAAAUGACUUUGAAGUCAGUUCUCAAUCGAGCAGGACCUCCAGUCCAGACGUGGCCGAGUCAGUCGUGCUGAGGCGCGAUCCGAACUCCACCAAUGGCAGCCUGUCUUCGUCCCAUUCGAGUCGACAUACCAUCGGAGAGAGCCCACCACCGCCUUUGCCAAUGACAGAACCCCCGAAUAAUCAAGUGUCCAGGAUGCAUUCUCCCGAGAACAUUGGAAAUGUACAUGACCAGUACGGCGUUUCGGCCCAACAAAAACCGGAUUGGCAGCCAUCUUCGUCCUCCAGGCCGCUGAGUUCGCCGGAUUCGAAGAACAUGUCCCAUCGCUUGAGAGACUUGUUCGUCAGAAAGAAGAGGAACUCGCAAAUGUGAUUUUUCCGUCAUCUUUCAUUAAUUCGACUUGAAAUAAGACCUAGACGAGAUUCAAUAAUAAUUCCCAUCUGAAUACGCUUUCUUUGGCGAAACGGUCAACUUUUAUCGAUUCGAAGUCUUCUUAACGGAAUUUCACAUGAAUUCAAUUUACUGGCAGCAGUAUUUUUUUAUAUAAGGCACCUAUUAGUACGUUUACUGCAAAUCACAUACUUUAUGUAAUUUUUUUUAUGUAUACAUACAGGAUGUAUCAUUUCGUUAGACAUUGGCUAUAUGAAUUGGUUUCAUAAUUUUUUGAGCAGUGAUUGAUGAUUUUGUUUCGUUUUUAUUUCAUAAAGGUAGGUGUCACAGUUGAUGUCAUUUGAAAUGAAACAUGUUAUAUGUGUAUUACUGUUAAUAAUGUAGUUAGAUUGUAUAUAAAUUUAUAUAAAGUUGAAAUUAUAUAUGGACCAAACUUUUGCAUAUUCUGAUUGUAUUAGUUAUUAAUCAAAUAAAUGUUGAAUUUAUG